UAUCUGGGUGACAUCCUAGAUCAGCCACAUAGAGCUCAGUUCGUUCCAUGUGAGUAUGAGCUACCCAUCAUCAUAACUUUGUGAGUUUGCCUGCAGAAGACAAGCCAUAUGAUGGAGAAGAAGAGAAGUAUCGCCUAUUUCUUAUGGAUGACAGGAGGAUGGUUUGGCCUACAUCAUUUCUACCUCGGGAGAGACAGACAUGCAUUUGUGUGGUGGUGUACGUUAGGUGGAUUCUUUGGUCUUGGAUGGCUCCGAGAUCUCUUCUGUAUCGGUCGUUACGUCGAUACAGCUAAUGAUGAAUCGUCAUAUGUCAAGUACUACACUGAGCUCUUAAGAACUCGAAACUACCCAUCCUUCAGUAUAUCCAGAUUCGCAGGUCAACUGUUUGUCAGCGCUUUCUUUGGGUAUCUUGCAACGUGUGCAGUACCGAACGAUGUUGCAGACGCCCUCCCCAUCUUGCGACCUCUCCUUGCACCAUUCGCUGUAGCGCUUGGAGUACAUUUAGUCGGGAACAUUGGCAGAGAGGAAGGUCCUUUGAAAUAUGCUCUCCUUGGAGCAUACAUUCCAGGUAUUCUUCUGUAUGCCGACCCAAGUAAUAUAGUUUAUCUGUCGAUAUUCAGUGCCAUUGUCUUCAGGAGGGGUGUUGCCUACAGACAGACGCCAGAAAGAUGGAAAACAGAUGGUGUCUGUAAAAGAAUAGUCAUCUUAGGAUUAGCAGGAGCUUUAGUUUGUACUGCUUGGGGCUGUGCCAUAUACUACAACGUAUCCGUGACUACUGCUGAAGGAGAGACCAUCUAUGUGAAGGACGCUCUCGCCCAUUUCUUUGAGUCACCAGCCUGGAAGGACUUCAAGGAGGUCUUGGGCCACGUCUGGACCUUGAUUCGAGAGCGGGGUUGGAAGGAGGCUUAUAAUGAGUUUGUCGAAGCCUUAGAUCCGGAAGGAGAAGCCUCUGCUCAUAAGACCUUAGAUUUAAAGAAAGGAGCCACCCAAGAACAGAUCACCCAGCGGUAUCGUAAGCUUGUCCGUAAGUGGCAUCCUGAUAAACACAAAGGACAAGGCAAGGAAGAAGCAUCUCAUCGUUUCAUGGAGAUACAGGAAGCCUAUGAAAGACUAUCCACCAUCAAUGCUCGUAGGGCUAGUCAUAGGAAAGAACAUAGUUUUGAAGAUGAACCAAGAAGGUAUUAGAUUAAAGUGAAUAAAAUAAUGCACAAACAAAUGCAAUAACUCAAUCUGUUUGUAAGAAUGUUACCUGUCAAUGAAAAAAAAAUCCCACCUGUGCAUUAGAAGAAUUGGUAAAAAGUUUUAUGAAUAUGAUCUGAUGAUUUGUAAGGUGGAAAAUGUCUUCUUGUCCCAAUAAAGAAAAUAAUGCACGUCCAUGAAAAUUAAUAGGUAAUUCAUGACUCGCUUCAUAUUUAGCAUUGAUAAUGAUAUAUUUGGCACAAUCCACACAUAGAUUCUGACAAUAUGAUUUAUUGGAGGAAAAUAAUUUAUGUCUGUAACUAGUACUUAAAUGUGUGGAGCUAUAUUUUAUAGAUUACUUACAUUUUAACAUGUAGUGAUUUUUGUUUGUUAUACUGUUAAUCAUAUUUGUAUGCAAUAUGUCACCUUUAUGAAAUUACUUGAUAAUAGUGUGUACUAAUGUUUAUAGUUGUAAUCAUGCACAUUUAAUUUGUAUCGUUAAUAUCUGUAUAAUUUAUUGUAUGAUUUUUGAGGUGAGGCUUACAGUUCAUCACAUCAUAUUUGUGUAUUGAUUGCAUUUAUUUUUGCUAUGUAUCUUUGUCAGAAACAUUCCAAGGAGUAUAAAAUUAUGUAUUGUUACUUCAGAAUAUUGAUAUAGGGGGGGGGGGGGGUGAAUCAAGGAUUUUGUAAAGGAGGGCACAAUUUUUUAGCUUCAUGUCAGGGAGGGUUGUGCCUGCCCCCCCCCCCCCCAAAAAAAAAAAAAAUAAAUAAAUAAAUUAAAAAAAAUACAUAUACACUGUAUAUACACUGAAAGUAUGUACUCUUUUAGGACUGUUUUUUUAAGGAGGAGUGUUAAAGAAAAAGAAUUUUGGAGUACCGGUAUUUCAUGAAGUCUGUGCUAUCAUCAAGCGCAGACUGUGAGCCGAGUUUAGUACCUUUCAUUUGUGGGACUAACAUGAUUCAUUCCCAUUGGAAUCAGUGACAGGGUCAGUUUGAUACAAACUUGUCUUAUAUACAAUGAUAGUGUAUCUUUAUUGUUAAAACUCAUAUAAAUGAUAAGGUAACGUUCAGGGUAUUAGGUUUCUAGGUGAGAUCAAGAAAAUGAUUGUUUGGCAACCAAAAUUAAGGCUACAAUAAUGAAUUUUAAAGAAUUAAGGAGGAGACAUCAAGAACCUCUUGAAGCUAUGGUUAAUUUGUUAACCCUCUUUUGUUUCUAUCUCUCAUCUUUGGUUUAUUGUUUUAAGUGUUUUUACAUUGUAUGUUUGGCAAGAAAUGAGACAUGUAGACCUACCUAUGUUAGCACUUUCUCAUUGCUUUCAAUGUAUAUUUUAAUAUAUAAAAAAAAAGCAUUAUAUUUAGAUUUUGAUAUAUGUGAAACCAAUAUUUUCAUAGUGAUUCGUCAAAGUACUGUUUCAAUAUUCAUUGCUAUCAUGCACAUUCCUACUAUGCAUAUCAAAAGCAAUUAUUUUCUAUUUUUAAUUUUUAUCUUGUCUAUGCAGAAAUGUUAGUCAUUUUUUAUUUCAUUAUGAAUCACAACUGAUCCUGAAUUUGAAAAAAAGUAUUACACAUGUACCUCAGAUUUUCACUUUUAAAGAUUUGCACAAUUUGGUACAAUGCCAUUACUCGCCAUUUUGCAAUGGUAAAGAGGAAACUAUAUUUUAACAUUAGGAUAACAGUGCUUUCCAAAUAUUCUUGUAACUUUUAAGUGAAUAUAAGAAGAUUUCCUUUUCUUUUGUUGAGGGUGGGGGGGGGGGGGGGGGCUCUUUAUGAAUUUAAUUUUGUAAAAUUAAGCUUUUCUUUUAUUCUGGGAGCCAGGAGGAUGUUUACUUUUACAUUUUGGAGUCAAAGCACUACUGGCUCUCAACAGAUUGAUAAAAUCACAAAAAAUAAAUGUAUCACAGAAAGUUCUCAUUAAAAAAAAAUAGCUUAAUAACAUGCCUUUUUUCUAUGAGGGUUAACAUUGCUUUUCUUCACAGAGAGAACUAUAAUAUUGUACCCUGUCCUUAGUACAUUGGCCCUCUCAGUGAGUGUCAAUUCAUACUCUGACAGUAGAGAAAAGAAAAACUAGAGUUGGUGAAUAUUUUAUAAGUACUGAAUUUUAGGAAUAAUAUGUAUGAAUUCUAUCAAAUGCCUUGAUCACUUUGUAAUCAUGUGUCUUGAAGUAGAUUAAAAUUGGUUGUGCCUUUCAAUA